AUGAGUAAAUCAUCAGCACCCGGUACAAAACAAAUUCAAUACGAUCGUCAACUUCGUCUGUGGGGUGAUCAUGGACAAAAAGCAUUAGAAUCUGGUCGUGUUUGUUUAAUUGGUGCUAAUGCUCUGGGUACAGAAAUUCUUAAAGCUCUUGUUUUACCCGGUCUUGGCUCAUUUACCAUCAUUGAUCAUGAAUUAGUCACAUUAGCUGAUUGUGGUUCGAAUUUUUUUGUUCAUCCAUCAAUGAUUAAUCAAUCACGUGCUCGUGUUACUUGUGAUUUUUUAAAACAAUUAAAUCCUGAUGUUCAUGGUAUCUAUAUCGAUAAACCAUCUAUUGAUGAUUUACUUAAACAAAAUACAUUUGAUUUUAGUCAAUUUAAUGUUGUUAUUACAGCUAAUCUUUCAAUAAAUACAUUAAAUAUUCUUGCUAAUCAUUUAUGGAUACUUAAAAUACCUUUACUUGUUGCUCGUAUUUAUGGUUUUAUCGGUACGAUUCGUCUUCAAGUAUUUGAACAUUAUGUUAUUGAAGCACAUCCUGAUGAUACAAUACCAGAUCUUCGUCUUGAUCGACCAUUAAAUGCAUUUGUUAAUUAUUGUAAUUCAAUUGAUUUUAAUUCUUUAACACGUGAAGAACAUUUACAUUUACCAUCGCUUAUUAUUCUAUUUAAAACAUUACAAAUUUGGCAGAAACAAAAUAAUAGAAAUGAUUUACCAUAUACACGUAUGGAAAAAGAUGAAUUAAAAAAAAUUCUCGAUCAAUUAUCACAUCAUUCAGCAUAUGAUAUUCAUGAUAAAGAAAAACAUCUUGAAAAUUUUGAGGAAGCUAAACGAACAAUACCAUCACGUCUUAUUGAUACAAAGCCUCCAUUAACAAUAAAAGAAUUAUUCCAAGAUCAAUCUUGUUUAGAAUUAUCAGAUCAAACAAAUAUAUUUUGGUUUAUUAUUCAUGCAAUAAAAUUAUUUACUGAAAAUGAAGGACAGGGUUUAUUACCUGUUCGUGGUGAAGUACCAGAUAUGAUAACAAAUACAAGUUCAUAUAUUAAACUUCUAAAAAUUUAUCAAGAACAAGCAAAAAAAGAUUGUGAAAUUGUGAAUAAUUAUCUUUUUGAUUUAUUAAAAAAAUAUAAUCGUUUAUCAAAUGAAUAUAUUGAUUCAUAUGAACUUGUUGAAAUAUAUUGUAAAAAUGCAUCAUUUUUAAGAAUAUUAAGAACAACAACAAUCAAAAAUGAAAAUGAUUUAAUAGAUGAAACAGAAUCAAAUUUUUCUUGGUAUACUGGUUUACAUCUAUGUGAUUUAUUUUAUGAAAAAUUCCGUCAUUAUCCAGGAGAAUUUGUUUCCGAUGAAAGACAAUUUGAAAUAGAUUUAAAUGAUUUAAAACAAAUAAGUAAAAAACUAUCUAGUAAAGAUUUUAUGAGUGAUGAUAAACAACAAAUUCUUGAAGAACUAUGUCGAUAUGGAGCAUCAGAACUUCAUUCAAUUGCUGCUUUUAUGGGUGGAUGUUGUGCACAAGAAGCAAUUAAAUUAAUAACACAUCAAUAUAUUCCAAUUGAUAAUACACUUAUUUAUAAUGGUAUUCAACAAUCAAUAAAUGUGUUUAAACUUUAG